AUGCCGCCGAAGAUGUGGAUCCUUCUGAUACUGCUGAGCAUCUCGUCAAGAACCAUAUGCAACCUCGCCAUUCUUACUGUGGGCGUUCUGUAUCCUGCGUAUAACUGCUGCCAAGCCAUCAGCGACAAGAAUAACUACGAGUACGUCCGCUGGAUGAUGUACUGGGUAUCGUUGUCAGUCUUUGCUACGUUGGAGCCAUUGGCCGACAUCGUUUUUGCCAAUUGCAUCACGUGUUACGCGCCCCUGAAGCUCGCUUUCGUAUUGUGGUUGCAGUCUUCGUCGGCGAAGGGGGCGAAGCACGUGUAUCGUAAAGUCAUCUUACCCAGUUUCCUCCGACAUGAGGCAGUGGUCGACAGGUGCUUGGCUGCUUUGAAAUGUUACGCUGUAGCCGUGUUCUCCUUCGCUGGUCGUACAAUGAAGCGGCUCAUCAUACGGGGCAUCAUGACCCAAGUGAGCAAGGACAGCACUCUACGAGAGCAUAUACCGUCUGAUUUAGUUCUCUCCAUGGAUGGAACGGACGUACCGGCGAACGAGGACACGGGGGCCGAGCUGUCAUCUGCUCCGGGAGAUCAUAUAAGAAGGAAUAUGUCACCGUUACGAAGUCGUAACACGAUGGCCAACAAUACAAACACUCUGGUGCCGUGA